UAGAAAAUGUGAUUUAAUCAUUUGUACAGAAAUUACAAAUUUAAAUUUGGCACGAUUUCAAUACCCAUAAUGCAACUGGUGAGUAAUGAAAAUUUUGACGUCACUCUGCGUCAGAAUUCAGUUUCGCAAUUUCUCCGCCAGAGAGGCUAAUUUAAUCAUUGUGACUUCAUAGUUCCUAGUGUUUUUCUUUUUUUCCUACUUGUUAUUUUGGCAGCAAAAUGGAUAAAUCGUCAAAAUACUUGAAACAAUUCCAAUUGUUUAAAUGCGAAAUUUUAUAAAUUUAAAAUGUGCGGAAUGGAAUUCUAUGGCUUUGUACAAGUUGAAAUAUCAUUUUAGGGAUUUAACGGAUUGUUAACUUUCCAGUGUCUUCACUAACAAGUGUUUUUUUCCUUUAAAACUUUGACGUGUGUAUCAUUUAUUAACUUGUUACAAGUCGGAGAGAGUUACUUCCCGGGAGUGUCUUAAAUCUUUAUUAUUCCAUUUAUCGAUUAUAAAGUCUUCUAUGAAGUUUUAUCCCGCAAAAAACAGCUCCAAUCCUAGCCUCAUACCUGUAUAAAAGAAGGAAAAAAUUGUAAUACUAAUUAACCAUCGAUAUAACGAAUUUAGAUGUAACGGGCUAACCUUUUUGUUCCUUAAAGUGGAAAAAUUCGGUCGGGUGGGUCACUUCGCAUCGUUCAGGGUUCAGCAUUCGUUUUAACAUUAUCGAUCGGUAAUGCGACAUAUAUUAUUAAAUAAUGGCCCGCUAGCACAUGGACAACCUUGAAAAGGCGGGGAGAGAGCGAAAUAAAAUCUAUCCUUCCAUAACAACUGCAUGUUUAUGAAGGAAAGCUACUCUAAUUGACGCUAACCAGAUAUCGUUGGUGUCGAAUGCGGGAAAGACGCAAUUGCUGGAGUGUCAUCCACUCACAAAUUUAUUAAUCAGCUUUAACUUCCUUCUGGUGACGUCAAGGACGUCCGUUUCUGAUGAUCUGGCAGCAAAAAGGAAUGGUUGGCGCGAAAUGUUGACAUUAACUGCGCUACUCCACGUCACGUUUCGCUAUCUGUUUCCCAAAGCCGAAUCCAUAAAGCGUGAAAGCCUACGCCCGUCACGAGCUACGUCACGUUCCAGUUUGUCUCACCGUAGAAAACAUAUUUGGUAUGAAUCGGAAGAUGGAAGCGCGCAAAAUCGUAAUCUUUUGGAUACUAACAGUCCUUCUUCCGGCCUGGUCCUUCCUAACUUUCCCCAAAGGAGAGAGUCGUUCCUCUACAGGUCCGAAAGUGAAUAUGAAAUGUCGCCGAAAUCUGUUUCCCGCCAUUCCUCAAUUGGCGGGACCACCGAAGUCCACUGUGAAGACCUGAUAGUUACACCUUUUGCACAAAUAUUGGCAAGUCUGAGAAAUGUUCGAAAUAAUUACAUCUGCCUCACUAACGUUGCUCCUUCAAGUUCCAGAUGUCGAAGAGCAUCUAAUGCUGCAGCAACCAUAUCAGCUACUCUUUCAAACAGAACUAAUUUGACAGAUGAUGAUAUUCAGAAAUUGGCACAGGAAACAUUAGAAGAACUGGACUGGUGCUUAGAUCAGUUAGAAAGUAUUCAUGCACAUCGUUCAGUAGGAGAUAUGGCUUCUAGCAAGUUUAAAAGAAUGUUAAAUAAAGAAUUGAGCCAUUUUUCUGAGUCUAAAUCAGGAAGUCAGAUAUCAGAAUAUAUUUGCAACACUUUCUUAGAUAAGCAUGAAUUAGAUUUGCCAUCUCUUCUGGAUGAUGAAAGUCAAACAAUAAAUAGUGGAGUUACAAAAACUCGGGGUACAAUGUCACAGAUCUCUGGUGUAAAAAAACCUCUGUGCCAUACGAAUAGUCUUACCAAGCUUCCAAAAUAUGGAGUAGAAACCCCUUACGAAGAUGAAUUAGGAAGAGUAUUACAAGAUAUUGAUCGUUGGGGAAUAGAUAUAUUUGAAAUUGCAGAAGUUUCUAAUCAUCGACCUUUAACAGCAGUUACUUAUACUAUUUUUAGAGAAAGAGAUUUAUUGAAAACCUUCAAAAUUCCAUCAAAAUCAUUUCUAAAUUUCCUUUUUACUUUGGAAGAUCAUUACUUAAAAGUGCCAUAUCACAGCAGCAAUCAUGCUGCAGAUGUUACACAAUCUGUUCAUGCACUACUACUCUCUCCUGCUUUAGAUUCUGUUUUUAGUGAUCUAGAAAUUCUGGCAGCUCUAUUUUCAGCUGCACUGCAUGAUGUGGAUCAUCCUGGUUUAACAAAUCAAUAUUUAGUGAAUUCAAGUUCAGAGCUGGCUUUGAUGUAUAAUGAUGAAUCAGUAUUGGAAAAUCAUUCUUUAGCUGUAGGAUUUAAAAUCUUGCAAGAUGAAAAUUGUAAUAUAUUUGUUAAUUUAAGUAAAAAACAACGACAGACUGUUAGAAAAAUGGCUAUUGAUAUGGUACUUGCCACUGAUAUGUCUAAACAUAUGAGUCUACUAGCAGAUCUUAAAACAAUGGUAGAAACUAAAAAAGUAGCAGGAUCAGGUGUAUUGCUUUUAGAUAAUUAUACUGAAAGGAUUCAGGUUUUACAAAAUAUGUUACAUUGUGCUGAUCUUAGUAAUCCUACUAAACCUCUGAAAUUAUAUCAAAAAUGGGUUGAUUUGAUAAUGGAGGAAUUCUUCCAACAAGGAGAUAAAGAAAGAGAAGAAGGAAUGGACAUCAGUCCCAUGUGUGAUAGAAAUACUGCAACUGUUGAAAAAACUCAGGUGGGUUUUAUUGACUACAUUGUUCAUCCCUUGUGGGAAACUUGGGCUGAUUUAGUAAAUCCUGCUGCUCAAGAUAUCUUGGAUACAUUGGAAGAAAAUCGAGAUUGGUAUCAAAAUAUGAUUCCUAUAAGUCCAACUAACAGUAUGAUUGAAAUUUCUCAUGAAGAUGGAGAUAGUGAUGCAGGAUCACAACAUGAUCUUGUAGCUGCAGCUGAAAAAAUCAAAUUCCACAUCACAGCUGAUGAUCUGGAGGAUGAUGAAGAUGAAGAUGAAGAUGGUGAUUGUGGUUAAAUCGCAUGCUUUCCAACAAAAUUAGAUCAUAUUCAAAGGAGUUCUUUCUAGUCCUGUAAUCAGUCCCGUGGGGUAAAGGGACAUCAACUUUAAAACAAUCUUGCCCGAGCCCAGAAUUAAUAUUAUAGAAAGUAUUUAGAUCAGUAUAGAGAAAAAAAUCAAUUCUCUGCAUGUUGUCGUUUGUAAAAUAGUUCUCCCAAAUGUGGUGCUUUAUCAAUAUUGUGAUCAUUGUCAUCGUCAUCAAAUAUUCAACAUUGUACAAAAUUUAGUAUUGUUGAUAAUUUGCUCAGGCAUAGUGCCAUGAUUUUAUUCUUUGUCAGUCAUAAUUUAGAAAUUUAUUUUGAGGGGGAAAAAAGCUUGAAAAAUAGUUCAUCUUUCUGUAGAUAAAGUUUUUAUUGAGGCUAUAUUUAUACAAAAUACUCAUAAGGAUUUGUGAAUGUGAGCUGCUAUGUAAAGACUAUUUAGAUAUGCUUUAAGAGUGAUUUAUACCUCUCAAAACACUUGCAGAAUAUCAAAAUGUACAAUCACAACAAAUCCCUUAAUAUAUAUAUUUAUAAUGUCAGUGGUGAAUAUUACCCUGGCUGAUGUUCAUAUUGUUAUAUGAAAUGCAUUUUGGUUAAAUUUUAUAAAUGAUAAAUAUAAUUUGAGAAAAAAAUAUCCAGUUAUAAAGUUGAAAAUGUUUAUAAGAUUUUGUUCCUGAUCAGACCUUCCAUAUUUUGUUUAAUAUUUUAAACACUUCAUUUGUUUCAUUUUUUCAUUUCUUUUAUUCUUUUACAGAUUUCCUUUUCUUGAUAUGCAAUAAUAAAAUAUUGCUUAGUGUUUUAACAUUGAAAAAUAUUUAUAAUGUAUGUACAGUUCAUGUCUUCAAUAUGUACAGUCUGUAGAUAAUAUAAUCAAAUAUUUAAAGUUCUCCACAGUUUGAACUGUGGAUGUAUUACACAUUAAGCAAUAAGAUAGUUAAAUUUUCUUGUUUUGUAUAAAUUUAUUUUGGAUUGAAAAUCCUUAAGCAUUUUUUUUUCUACAGUUUUAUGAAAAGGAAAACGUAAUUGUUAAUUGUGGUUGUGAUUUUAUUUCCUUUUAAUUCAGCCAGUUCCUCAAUUGAGAAAAAAACAAAAUGGCCAGAAAUUAAAUAAAAUGUUUUAUUGUUCUGAAUGUUUUAUUGUUCUUAAUGCAUACACACUCUAAAAUGGUAAAAAGUACAAUUAUGAAAAUUAACAAAUUUACCAUCAAAUAGAAUUUAUAAAUAGAUUGAAGAAACAAAAUAUACAGGGUUACAUCUCAAUAACCCAUUAUUUAUUAAUGUUUAAAAAUAACUUUUAGUCAGUGUUCAAGAUUAUCAAAUCGUCUAAAGAACUACGUGACCCCAGUGGGGUGGAAAUUUCAAUUGGAACCCUAUCAAAACAACAUAUUUGGAUUCUAUGCUUAAAAAAACAGCUUUUAGUCGGAAUUUUUUCUUAAAUAUUUUUAAAAAUCCUUGUAAAGCAACGGUUGACAAAUUAAUACAAAAAUCAAUUCGAAUUUUUCUGUAUCCAAAUAGCUUAGCUCACACAAUUGGAUUUUUUUGUGUGUGUGUGUGGGGAAAUACAAUAAGGUACGAGUGUUGUUCAGUUCCAACAGCCAAAGAAGAUAGGAGAAUAAAAUAGCCUGUGCAUCAAUCACACCUACAUUGUUAGCAUUUAUUCAAAUAAAUUAUGUAAUGACACUAAAUAAAUGCUUGAUAGUAUGCCCUACGUGCUGUUUUACAAACUGAUUAAAAUGUUAAAAAGUUGCGCUGCAUCAUUAUUAUUAAUGACAAAAAGCAGGAAUGUAAUCUUGUAUUUUGUUUAAUUGCGAAAUGUUUACGAAUUUAAAUACAGAAAGAAGGCCUUUAUCGUUUGCGCAUAUUUGACGUCACGUCCGGUUUAUCAGCUUUCAGUAAUUCUUCAGUUUUGUAACGAUUCUCGCUGCAGCCAAAUUUUUUCACCAACAGAAUAAUUUUCUAUUUAUAGUUCGACCAAAUUAAUAACAAUUUAAAAAUAAAACAGAUAUUAGUAAACUCUCCUGUACGCGUAUAAGA